CUGCAGCUGCCGGCCGGAACGCAGCCGCCCGGUGGCGGCCACCUCUACCCCGGGGAGAGCGAGGGGCUCGAGGAGGAGGGCGAGGUGUUCGAGCUGCGGCCGCGAGGCAGGGAGAAGGUCCGGCGGAGCACGUCGAGGGACAGGCUGGACGGUAUCAUCCUGCUGACGAAGGACAUCCAGGAAGGGGACACGCUGAACGCCAUCGCAUUGCAGUACUGCUGCUCGGUUGCAGAUAUCAAGAGAGUUAACAAUCUUAUCAAUGAUCAAGACUUUUUUGCUCUGAGGUCUAUCAAAAUUCCAGUGAAAAAGUUCAGUGUAUUGACUGAAACACAUGUGUCUCCAAAAGGAAGAACAGUUCUUCGGCCUGCUCACUAUUCCCCAGAAGUGCAGGAAGCAUUACCUUCUGAUAAAUUCACUGCUAAUGAGACUGCUGGCAACUUCUUAAAGGAAGUGGAUCGAGAUAUAGAAGAAAUUGUGAAGUGUAAUGAUACGAAGAGAGAGAACCUUAAUGAAGUGGUUUCUGCCUUAGCAGCCCAACAGGUCUGUUUUGAAACUGAUGGUAGAAGUAAAAAAUGCAAGGAUCCGUACUAUGGAGCAGAUUGGGGGAUAGGAUGGUGGACAGCUGUAGUUAUUAUGUUGAUUAUUGGCAUAAUAACUCCUGUUUUUUAUCUUUUGUAUUAUGAAGUUUUAGUGAAAGCAGAUGUCAGUCACCACUCUACAAUGGAAUCCGCCCACUCCUUUGUCACAGCAGCAUCACAUCAGAAACAAAUAGAAAAUGGAAGAAAUCCAGCAAAUAGUAUAAAUGUUGAUAGUCAAGGAGACUACCAGCCUUACAACCGAAAACCCCAGGCAAAUGUUAUUCAUAGACACAUAGCAUAGCAUUAGAUGAAACCAAAAUGCAUCUGGAAUGCAGAGAAAAUACUUACUGAUGUAUGAUUUAACUUUAUGGGCAGUGUUCCAGUAUGAGGAUAUUUCAGUGGAUGAUAUAAUCCUGUAAUAUGCUUCAGGCAGGAGAUUUUGGUGCAUGAUCAGGAUAUGAAUUAAGACACAAAAUUGUCUCUGAAGCUUUGCACUUUUUUCUGUUUUGAUGGGUGUAUGUUUUCUAAUUAAUGACAAAGUAAAAGGAGGUAGUUUGAGCUAACACACAAAGAAUUUCACUGUACAUUUUACAGCCCUGAAGUGGGCGUUUGGGGAUAUCUAUCUUUUAAAAUAUUUAUAGAAUGCAUAGUACACUUGACAUUUUAAUACCAAGUUUACAGUUGCCAGUUAAGACAAAUUCUUAAAAUUUUAUUUUUCUUAUAGAAUUCUUAAAACUCAAUCAUUCUAUAAUUAAUUGCCACUAUGAAGUCCACUUUUCAUUAGAAGUCUUUCAUAGAGGCAGUAGAUAAUGCUUAAGGUGGAAUAUUCAAAUUCUGUGCCUGUGAUCAAUCUGUUCUUCAGUACUUUUAAGUAUAGACAGAAGGGAAUCUUAGUUCCUGUUUAUGUCAUACACGUUGCUAUUUAUGUCACGUUCUUCAGCAGUUGGAUCUUUUCUUUAGAACUUCACAUACCUCCCCAUGGUAUCCUUCAGUUGACUUGAAUGGACUGCACUUCUCUUCUGGUCAGCUGUGUAUGAAAUGAAAUAAGUGCUGGUGUGUGACAUUGUGCUCCAUUAAUCUUUAUUUUAUGGUAAUGACUUUUUCUUCCUCCACUUGAUCUCAGUGUAAAAGCAACUGAUUCUUCAGAAACUGGUUACCAUUGGGUUCUGAAUGUGCUAAUGUUCACUUGCCCAUGAAUCUCAAAUAACAACUUUUUCCAGAAAUCUCCUAGAAAACUUCAGAUGAGAUUCAGUGGCUGCUAAUAAGAAACUGACAUUGCAGCAGAAUAGACCAGUUGCAGCUUCACACUGUUCUUUAGUUGGUAUUCUUCAACCACUCUUUUCUUGAAUGUUUCAUUUGGUUUCAUGAACAAACUUAUUUUCUACCUUAUUUUCUUCCCUGCCUGAAAGUGCUGCAGGAGAAAAACAAGCAAAAAAGGACUUUUCAUAUAGGGAAAAAAAAAGAGAUUCUUGUGUAUUCUGAACGUUUUUAAAUAAAAACUGAUGUGUUGCCUAUAAUCUUUUGUUAUAUUUGCCUUGUGAAGUAAGAUGUCUGUGGUCCUGUCUGAAGUAAUAUUACCAAAGCUGAAGUUAACUGACUUUAGUCUAAAAAAAGGAAGAAAUGGAAAAAUAACACUACCUUCAAUUUAAACUCUAUCAUAAACUCCUGUGAUUGUCUUGACUGUGUAUACAGUAUGAAAAAUCUGACAAAGCAAUUAUUUUUUUGAAUUUUGAAAGGAAGGCUUGUGUCACUAUCUGUUGCCUCCCAAAAAUGGGGCAAGUAUUAUUCACCGUGUUCUGAGUGUACGAACAAUAAUUGGAUUAAUGUGUAUAGGUUGCUCUGAAAGUAAUGCCUUCUACUUAUUUUGAUGGAAACUAUAAUGCUUAUAAAGGGUGCAAUAACACUGUUUGAUAGAGCAAAUUUUCAGCUACAAAACACCUUUUUUCAACAUAUUUACUGCCAUUAACCGAUGUGUGGAUGAGCAGAUAGACACCCUUCAUUUCAUAGUGUGUCAGCUGUGCAUGGCUGUCCAGAACAUGGCCUGUCUUUCACAUUGCUGCUGCUGAAACACUUGCCCCACCACCUCACUGCGCUCAUUACUGCUGACUGGUCUCCAUAAAUGUUCAGCAUGCAUCAAUGGGUGCCAGUUAUUUUGCCUCUCUGCUUCCAUCAGUCACAGAAUGAUAAAAUGUAACAAUAUUGGUGGGAAGGUUCAACCUUUACUGCUAUAUCACCAGCAUCCUCCUCUGACAUCAUGGGCCAAUGUAAAAUAGGAGGCAUUUCUUAAAUUGUAUUGAAAGUGUAGCCUAAAACAUGAAGGAAAGCAUUGUACAGUUGGACCUGUGAACAAGUGGCUGUUGAGCACUUCAAUGAAAGUAGUAUAUCUGGUGACAGUAUGGCUGCUCAGUUUCCACGGAAGGAGAGGAAUUUGAGUCCAUGUGGGCCUCAUGUUUCAUGUAACACUUGGUUUUCAAAAAUCUUGUUUAAUAAUUGUUCUUCUCUUGAAAACCAUAUGCUAAUAACGCAAGUAUGAAUGUUCAAGGACCAGUUCUGGGUAAGGCUGUACAAAAAGUUAUAUUGUGAAAUAAUUCGUGGUGACCAAUGUGAUGCAGCUUCUAUGGUUAAAACAUUAAAAGCAAGUGAACUUUAAAAAUAGGUGACUUGCACUUAUCCAGAUAACAGAAUUUUGGCAUGUUAAGACAAAUGAGCCAUGUGCCUCCUGAGGCUGGGAACUGCUAGUUUGUCAAGUAUUUUAGUUGAAGCUUAUUUGCUGUUUUUCCUCAUCAUUCUUUAUGAAAACUCAACAUUUUUAAUUCUUUAAUUUCAUAAGAAAUGUUAGCUACUGGUGUCACAUAACAUUAAGCCUGAUUUACCACAUGUACCUUAACAGGCAUGUAUUAAAUUGCCAUCAAUUCAAAGUGGCCUUAAUUUCCACUGCCGUUUCACUUAGCUUAACUGUUCUUUGUUAACUGUUGGUUUUUGUCCUGUGGCAUUGGAGUUGAAUGGUUCUUUGGUGUAUCCCAGGCUUUGGACUUCUGUAGUGUUCUGUGGGUUACUGUCACCGAGUUGUUAAAAGUGGCAUGGUAAGCAGUUUAAAAAAAAAAAAAGGGGAAAGCGGUUUUGUU